UAUAAAAAACCGCACUCUUACACAAAGCUUCUUUAUCCCCUUCCGAGAAACCAAAAAUGGCGCCAACCCGAUGCACUUUCCCGUCAGUUUACCGGUCCAUCUCCGUCAUCUUCUUCCUAUUUUCCGUCUCCUAUCUCAGCAGUCUCCGUCAUUGUUCCGCCGGGGGUCAAAACUACCGCGACGCGCUUAGGAAGAGCAUCCUCUUCUUCGAAGGCCAACGCUCGGGACGGCUUCCGCCAGAUCAACGCCUCCGGUGGAGGAAAGACUCGGCAUUGCACGACGGCGCCACUGCCGGAGUGGAUCUGACAGGUGGGUACUACGACGCCGGGGACAACGUGAAAUUCGGGUUUCCGAUGGCGUUCACCACCACAUUACUGUCGUGGAGCAUAAUAGACUUUGGGAGGAGUAUGGGCGGCGAGGUGGGAAACGCCGUGAAGGCGGUGAGGUGGGCGACGGACUAUUUGCUGAAGGCCACCGCAGUCGACGGAGUUUUGUACGUUCAAGUUGGGGAUGCGUUUUCCGACCACCGGUGCUGGGAAAGGCCAGAGGAUAUGGAUACUCCGAGGACGGUGUACAAGAUUGACCGGAACAAUCCGGGGUCGGACGUUGCCGGAGAGACGGCGGCAGCCCUCGCCGCCGCGUCUAUCGUGUUCCGGUCACGUGACCCUGCAUACUCUAGGUUAUUGCUCAAUCGCGCCGUUAGAGUAUUCGAGUUUGCUGACACUCACCGCGGCGCGUACAGUUCCAGCCUGUUAAACGCUGUCUGCCCUUUUUACUGUGAUUUCAAUGGCUACCAGGAUGAACUGCUGUGGGCCGCCGCGUGGUUGCACAAAGCAUCGAGAAGACGGUUGUACAGAGAAUACAUUGUGAAUAACGAGGUCGUUUUGAGAGCCGGAGAAACCAUCAAUGAAUUCGGAUGGGAUAACAAACAUGCCGGUAUUAAUGUCCUCAUUUCCAAGGAAGUCCUAAUGGGAAAGGAGAAUGAUCUCAAGUCCUUUCAGAUCAUGGCAGAUGGAUUCAUCUGCUCCAUACUUCCUGGGAUUUCACACCCUCAAGUUCAAUAUUCUCCCGGUGGACUGAUCAUAAAACCUGGAAGUUGUAACAUGCAACAUGUAACAUCCUUAUCCUUCCUGCUAUUGGCAUACUCUAAUUAUCUAAGCCACGCCAAUCGGGUCGUGCCAUGUGGUGAAACCUCUGCCUCCCCUGCUCUCCUCAAACGCUUAGCCAAACGCCAGGUGGAUUACAUUCUUGGGGAUAAUCCCAUGGGGAUGUCCUACAUGGUAGGGUAUGGAGCGCGUUACCCGCAAAGGAUCCAUCACCGGGGCAGUUCGAUACCGUCGGUGAACAUCCACCCGACCCAUAUUGGUUGCAGAGAGGGAACCCAAUACUUCUCGAGCCAAAAUCCCAACCCGAAUAAGCUGAUUGGAGCAGUGGUUGGUGGGCCAAACAUUACGGAUAACUUUCCAGACUGGAGGCCUUUGUACCAGGGGUCCGAGCCCACUACAUAUACUAAUGCUCCAUUAGUUGGCCUCUUGGCCUACUUCUCGGCCCAUCCGUGAUUUUUGCUUGAUGGAUAGAAUGAAUGUAAAGAGAGAAUGCGGUGGUGUGUGCAAAGGCUCACCCUCUCUAUUAUUGCUCCUCCAUCAUUUUCAUUUUUCCUAUUGCACACUAUUGUUAUCAAUUAAUCAUUAUUAUAAGAAAAUUAUUUUGCUGUCCAUUCAGUGGAGUUUGUCGCUAUUACUUAUUCAAUUAAAGCUUAUCUUGUAAAUGUUUAUAAGAUACUCCCUCUGUCCC